UCAAAGUUUUCAAGUUCUUUUUAUUUAUUUAUUUAUUUUUUUGAACCUGUAUUUUGUUGUUUUCAUUACGGUGGGAGUGAGAGUUAAAGGCCAUAAGCACCUGUGGAGUUAUUCCAACUUACCUCUAACCGCAAAGCAACUAUGAUGGUAUUCCAAACCGAUCAAGAUAGAAAUGAUUCUCUCACUAUCCUGUUUGUUUUUAUCUCUUAUUUCAUAGUUAAGUUAUUCGAUCAUGCGAGUAGAAGUAGAAAUACAAGGAGUAUAAAGAAUAGAGAGGGAGCGUAAGUCGUUUCCCCUUAAAACCCACCAUAUCGGUUGCCAUGUUAUAAUUCAACACAUAAAAUACUAUUUGAUUGAGUUGGAAUACCGUCGCAAUUAAAUGCACAUUUGAAAUUUUCUCCCGCCAAUCGCCAUCUUCCCCAUAUUUUCCCAGAGUCGUCAUGGACAACAUCAUUGACCUUUUUCGUGGGGCCUCCUCCAAUUAUUAUACCCAUUUUUCUCUCUCCUCCUUUUUUUUAUUCAAACUAAAAAGAAAAUAAAUAAAUAAAUAAAAAGGGGAGUCCUGAGAUUUGCUUUUCCCUUUUUUUGUCGCAAUCUUCGUCCAAAAGUACGCAAGACUUCACCCAAAAGAGACUAUCAGCUUGUUCGAGAUUCAAACUUUUUGACUCCAACAGCGAACCAAGUACGACCUUUCCACGUGGCAUCAGUCCAUUUGCGUGGUUAUGAACUUCCCGUACAUCUGGCCACACCAUAACACACCACCACUUCAGUCAUUAGUAUCACUCAGCAGCUCACAGCCUCACACGGAAGUUAGAAACCCUAAAUCUGUCCCUCUUUCACUCCGCCAUCUGUUUCCUCUGAGCAGAUCUUCUUCGCUUUCUCAUCUGCGACAAUGGCGGCCUCUCGAUCCGACUCCGUCUUUCUCGAUCUAGCUCCUCCCACCACCGCCACAAAACCCCACCGCAAACCCAGCAGCAUGCACCCCACACUCAGCAUAAUUAGUAUAUAAACCCAGCCCAUUUUGCUUUCCAGUGCUCUCUCUCUUUGACCUCUCUCAUGGCGACGGCCACUUACUUCUUCCUUUUCCUCAUAACAAUUGUUAUUCCUACAAUUUAUUUUCCCGCCACCUUAACGGCGGCUCAACGGCCGAGUCCAGAAACGUCACUCUCCGAGAUCCAAGCGUUAACGGCGUUUAAGCGUAACCUCCACGACCCUCUUGGCGCUCUCGACGGCUGGGAUUCGUCCACGCCGUCAGCCCCGUGCGACUGGCGCGGCGUCGUCUGUUACAGCAACCGAGUUCAGGAACUCCGCCUGCCUCGUCUCCACCUCGGCGGAAGAAUCACUGACCACCUCGCCAGCCUCCGCGACCUCCGCAAGCUCAGCCUCUACAGCAACAACUUCAACGGCUCUAUACCUCCCUCUCUCUCGCAAUGCGCUCUGUUACGGGCCAUGUACCUGCAUGGCAACUCGCUCACCGGGACUCUUCCGCCGGCGAUUUUGAACCUCACCAACCUCCAAAUCCUUAAUGUCGCCCAUAAUUUCCUCUCCGGAAAAAUAUCCGGCGACAUUCCGGUGAGCCUCUGGUACCUUGACCUCUCCUCGAACACAUUCUCCGGUGAAAUUCCGGCGAACUUAUCUGCCGAAUCAAGCCUCCAGCUGAUCAAUCUCUCGUUCAAUCGGUUCUCCGGCGGGGUUCCGGCGACCAUCGGAGGUCUCAAGAAUCUUGAGUAUCUGUGGCUGGACUCGAACCAGCUGCACGGUACUCUGCCGUCGGCGAUUUCCAAUUGCUCGUCGCUAGUGCAUUUGAGCGCGGACGACAACGAGCUGAGAGGUCUGAUUCCGACGACGAUCGGAGCGAUGCCAAAGCUUCAGGUGUUGUCGCUGUCGCGGAACAACCUGUCAGGAGCGGUCCCCGCGUCGUUGUUGUGCAGUACUGCAAACAACGACUCGUCGUUGAGGAUUGUGGAGCUCGGAUUCAAUGCACUCACGAGCAUGGCUCAGCCGCCAGAUAUCUCAAAAUGUUCGAGUGCAAUGGGGGUUUUGGACUUAAAAUCCAAUCGGAUAAGUGGCCCCUUCCCAUCUUGGUUGACAAACGUGACAACAAUUAUGAGAAUUCUAGAUCUUUCUGGAAACAUGUUUUCGGGUCAAUUGCCGGCGAAGAUUGGCAAUCUUCUCCAGUUGGAGGAGUUUCGGGUGGCGAAUAAUUCGCUGAGUGGUGAAAUUCCCGGUGAGAUUGUGAAAUGUAGUUUGUUACAGGUCCUUGAUGUUGAAGGAAACAGAUUUUUGGGUCAAGUCCCUUCUUUUUUAGGAGGAAUGAGGAGCUUGAAGGUGUUGUCUUUGGGUGGGAAUUUAUUCUCUGGUGCCAUUCCGUCAAAUUUAGGGGCACUUUCAAAGCUCGAAUCUUUGGAUUUGAGCAACAAUAAUCUGACUGGGAAAGUUCCAGAUGAGCUCACGAUGCAGCUAAGCAACUUGACUAGUUUGAAUCUGAGUAAUAACAAGUUUUCCGGUGAGAUUAUUAAUGUUGGAGAGCUGAAAAGCUUGCAGGUUUUGAAUUUGAGCAAUUGUGAGUUUUCUGGAAGUGUUCCUGCAAGCAUUGGCGGUUUGAUGAAGCUUGAAACACUGGAUUUGAGUAAACAGAAGCUUUCUGGGGAGUUGCCGAUUCAGAUUUUCGGGUUGCCAAAUUUACAAGUUGUUGCUGUGCAGGAAAAUCACUUAUCAGGAGAUGUCCCUCAAGGUUUUAGUAGCUUGAUUAGUUUGAUCUAUCUUAACCUAUCUUCCAAUGCUUUUACUGGUGAUAUUCCUACCACUUACGGAUUUCUCAACUCUUUACUUGUUCUAUCUUUGUCUGGAAAUCGUAUUUCGGGUACAAUCCCACAAGAGCUUGGAGAUUGUUUGAAUCUUCAGGUACUUGAGCUUCGCUCUAAUCAAUUAGAAGGCAAAAUUCCAGGUGAUAUAUCUCACCUGUCCAAUUUGAAAGAACUCAAUGUAGGUCAGAAUAAGCUGACCGGCAAAAUCCCAGAGGAGAUUUCAAAAUGCUCUUCUCUGACUUCUCUGUUGUUAGAUGCGAAUCAACUUUCAGGUCACAUACCAAACUCAUUGCCUAAGUUAUUGAACCUCCAGCCGUUAGAUCUUUCUUCUAACAAUCUGAGUGGCACCAUCCCUGAAAGUCUGUCGCUCCUCGUCCCUAACUUGAAAUACCUGAAUUUGUCAUACAACAACCUUGCUGGAGAGAUACCGAAGCCACUCGGUUCUCAGUUCAAUGAUCCUUCUGUGUUUGCAAGGAAUGGAGAUUUAUGUGGGAAGCCAUUGGAUAGAGAAUGUGCAGAUGUGAGAAGGAGAAAAAGAAACAGGUUGACUUUAUUAAUUGCGGUGGCUGUGGGUGGAGCUUUCCUGCUGGCAUUGUGUUGUUGUGGCUAUAUUUACAGCCUACUGCGAUGGCGGAAAAAGCUCAGAGAAACAGUAAUUGGGGUGCAGAAGAAGCGAACUAGCCCUCGAACAAGCUCAGGGGAUAAAAGCAGCCGGGGAAGUGGCGCUAAUGGAGGGCCAAAACUCGUGAUGUUCAAUAGCAAGAUCACGUAUGCAGAGGCAUUAGAAGCUACAAGACAAUUCGAUGAGGAAAAUGUGCUUAGCAGAGGGAAGUAUGGAUUGGUAUUCAAGGCUAUGUUUCAAGAUGGAAUGGUGCUCGCAAUUCGACGUCUUACUGAUGGUUUUCUUGAUGAAGGUGGCUUCCGCAAAGAAGCUGAAGAUCUUGGCAAGGUGAAGCAUCGAAACCUGACAGUUCUACGAGGCUAUUAUGCCGGUGCUCCUGACGUGAGGCUCCUUGUGUACGAUUACAUGCCGAAUGGAAACUUAGGCGCCCUUCUACAAGAGGCAUCUCACCAAGACGGGCAUGUAUUAAAUUGGCCAAUGCGGCACCUCAUAGCACUCGGCAUUGCUCGUGGAUUAGCCUACCUGCACUCUGCCUCAAUGGUACACGGCGAUGUAAAGCCUCAAAAUGUUCUUUUCGAUGCUGAUUUCGAAGCCCAUUUAUCCGAAUUUGGUCUAGACCGGCUAACCAUAGCCACACCAGCAAAAGCAUCCUCGUCUUCAACCGCUAUUGGCUCCCUAGGCUAUGUGUCCCCCGAAGCUGCAUUAACAGGGCAAGCAACGAAAGAAGCCGAUGUGUAUAGUUUUGGGAUCGUAUUGCUGGAGAUAUUGACCGGGAGGAAUCCGGUGACAUUUACUCAAGACGAAGACAUUGUGAAGUGGGUGAAGAAGCAACUUCAGAGAGGUCAAGUUUCUGAGCUGCUGGAGCCCGGGCUGCUGGAACUAGACCCGGAAUCUUCGGAUUGGGAAGAGUUCUUGUUGGGAGUGAAAGUGGGGCUUCUUUGCACGGCUCCUGAUCCGCUUGAUCGGCCAUCCAUUGCCGACAUUGUGUUCAUGCUUGAAGGUUGCAGAGUCGGACCCGACAUCCCGUCCUCAGCUGAUCCGACCUCUCUGCCUUCACCAGCCUAAUUUUCAAUCUCAGUUUUAUUAAAAAAAAAAAAAAAGACUACAUUAUCUUCGUUCCCGCAGUUUUAGGUUUUUGAUUAAUUCAUUUUCUACCAUAUGUUUGGCCUUUA